AUGUCGAUCGGCGCAGGGCACAGCAAAGUGAGCGAGAUCUCUUCUUCCCGAAAGCGUGCGGAGCGCACAGGUCCCGCACGACGGGACGUGUCCCCUCUCCUCCGCUUUGUGCUCUCUUGGAAGUAUCAGCUGGCUGAAGACACCGUCAGCGUCGAGCGAUUCUUCCAAAAGGCGACCCUUCGACCCUGGUCACUCGGACGGCAACCCUCUCCCUCCGCGCAACGAUUCAUCCGCUUCAUUUGGCAUCGGAAAGUAGUAUAUCGACGCUACAUUGACGCUGACAUCCGGCUCUGUCCGUUGAUCGUCAGAAACUUCGACCCGCUAAGGGCUUCUUAUACGCGGUCUUCUCGGCCUUCUUCCAUCGGCAGCCUUUUAAGCAACUCCACACGUCCGUCCAUCCGAUCCGCAAGCUGA